UUGAACUCUUAAAGUCUUAAGAAUUUAAGAUUGCCAAACCAUAAAAGGGAAAAAUACAGCAAAACAAAGACUAACCUAUCCUUUUAAAAAUUUAACCCCCUAGGCCCUACAAACGAUUAUACUAGAGCAUCACCACCGUCAAGCCACUCCUUUCCGUCGACCACUCGCCGGAAUAAGACAACCCCUUAAAAAUCAAAUCAACCUAAAUUUCUUAACACCCAUUAAAAAUCACCAUUGUUGUAUUUAUUUUAAGAUGGAAGAAUCAGAAAAGAGAAGAGAAAGACUUAAAGCAAUGCGAUUAGAAGCAUCUAAUGAAGUUGUUUCUUCAUCUUUUUCUCAACAAACCCUAAACUCAAAUUUGCCAGCACCUCUCACAAAUCCAUUGCUUCACAAUGAAGAUUCAAAUCCCACAACAACAACAACUAAUACCCAUCGCUUUGAUUUCUACACUGAUCCAAUGGCGGCUUACUCCAUCGACAAGCGCAGACCUUUCACGCCUAAACCUCAUCUUGCACCUUCUGCUCCUGCUCCUGCUCAUGGACCAAGGAACCCUGAAAUUCCCCUCUCUGGUGCUCACCAGUUUCAAAAUAACUAUGCACCUCAUCUGGGUGUGUAUCAAAGCGGAGAUCCCUAUGGCCCUGGCAGGCCUACGGCUGCUGCAAGUCCAAUGGGAAUCAGGAGCCCAUAUCCGAUGUACCAAGGAGGUCCAAACUUUAGUACUGCACCCAGCAGGGGUCACUGUUUUAGCAAUACUUCUAGUCCUAGUCCUGGACCAGGAUAUGGAGGUAACCCAUAUCCUGUUUAUCAAGGUAGCCCUAAUUAUAGAUCUCCUCCACAAGGUAGAGGUGAGUGGUCUAACAAUAGUCCCGGCCCUGGUCCAGGUUGUGGAGGUGGUCCUACUAGUGGUCAAUGGUCGAACAAUAGUCCUGGCCUAGGACGUGGAGGUGGCCAGUGGUCUACCAAUACUCCCGGUCCUGGCCCUGGACAUGGAGGUGGUCCUAGUGGAGGUCAGUGGUUUAACAAUAGUCCCGGCCCUAGCGCAGGACGUGGAGGUGGUCGUAGCCCUAGUGUAGGAAGAGGGAGGGGUUGUUGGGAUGGUAGCAGGAUGAGCCCUAGUUCAGGAUUUUCUGGUGGAAGAGGAAGGGGAAGAGGCUAUGAUCAAGCACGGUCUUUUUAUAGCAAGUCGAUGGUGGAGGAUCCUUGGGAAUCGUUGACGCCUGUUAUUUGGCAGGCGGAGAAAGAGAAUGAGCAGAAGAGUUAUGCAAACAGGCGAGGGUUUUUCCAGAAAGCUCCUACUCCUCAGAAAACUCCAAGUGCAAAAAAGCCUCGGGUUGCACAUCCUUUUGAUGCAUCCGACUCAAAUAAGAGCCUUGCCGAGUUCUUAUCUGAAUCUUUUGAUGAAGCUGUUGAAGAUGCAACCACUGUGUAAUCAUGUACUCCUGAGAGAAUGUGCUAAAUUUGGUAAUUAAUUUGUUAGUCCAUAAUGUUGUGUUUGGUAACUUGGAAUUCAUUUCAAAUUAUGGAAUUAAACCAAAUUAAGGUUUGGAUACCUAAA